GUUGCGCUUGGGCGCUCAAGCGGUAACCAUCUGUGGACUAUAUACGCCUUCGUUCUAGGAAAAGUGCGAGUAACUGAAGGAUAAAUCAGAAAGUGUCAUUAAAAAGUGUCGACAAUCCAUCAUCAUGGAACGGGAUGAGGCGUCUACCUCGACCAGCGAAGGUAAAUCCGUGGAGGAGGUGCCCACGGCGGAGGGUCUGGAGCAAACUGAUCCCAUUAGUUUCCUGAAACUGUUCCGAUUCUCUACAUAUGGAGAGAUUGCCUGGCUGUUCUUCGGCUUUCUAAUGUGCUGCAUAAAGGCGCUGACCCUUCCUGCCGUGGUAAUCAUCUACAGUGAGUUCACAUCCAUGCUGGUAGACCGUGCCAUGCAGUUUGGAACUAGUUCAAAGGUCCAUGCCCUGCCACUUUUCGGAGGUGGUAAGACACUUACGAAUGCCUCUCGGGAAGAGAACAGCGAAGCCUUAUACGAUGACUCCAUAUCGUAUGGCAUCCUCCUGACCAUCGCUUCGGUGGUGAUGUUCAUCUCAGGCAUUUUCUCUGUGGAUAUUUUCAACAUGGUGGCUUUACGGCAGGUAACAAGGAUGCGGAUUAAGCUCUUCACAUCCGUGAUACGUCAGGACAUCGGUUGGCAUGAUCUGGCCAGUAAGCAAAACUUUACCCAGAGUAUGGUUGAUGAUGUGGAAAAGAUUCGCGAUGGUAUCUCAGAGAAAGUGGGUCACUUUGUAUACCUGAUUGUGGGUUUUAUUAUAACUGUGGCCAUUUCAUUUGGCUACGGCUGGAAGCUCACCUUAGCUGUGAGUUCUUAUAUACCUCUUGUGAUCCUGGUUAAUUACUAUGUGGCUAAGUUCCAAGGUAAACUCACUGCCCGUGAACAGGAAUCCUAUGCUGGAGCUGGUAAUUUGGCAGAGGAGAUCCUGAGUGCCAUUCGCACGGUGGUCUCUUUUGGUGGAGAAAAAUCAGAGGUUCAGCGUUAUGAGAACUUCUUAGUUCCCGCUCGAAAGGCGAGUCAAUGGAAAGGAGCCUUCUCCGGAGUCAGUGAUGCUGUUUUGAAGUCGAUGUUGUAUCUGUCCUGCGCCGGAGCCUUCUGGUAUGGCGUCAAUCUCAUCAUCGAUGAUCGAAAUGUGGAAAACAAGGAAUAUACUCCUGCCAUUCUGAUGAUUGCCUUCUUUGGCAUCAUUGUGGGUGCUGAUAACAUAGCCAGAACGGCACCUUUUCUGGAAUCCUUUGCCACCGCCCGCGGUUGCGCCACCAACCUGUUCAAAGUAAUCGAUCUUACCUCCAAGAUUGAUCCGCUCUCCACAGAUGGCAAGCUCUUAAACUACGGUCUACGUGGCGAUGUGGAGUUCCAGGAUGUCUUCUUUAGAUAUCCCUCUCGUCCUGAGGUUAUAGUUCAUAGGGGACUAAAUAUCCGUAUUAGAGCGGGUCAAACGGUGGCCUUGGUUGGUUCUUCGGGCUGUGGAAAGUCCACUUGCGUUCAGUUGCUCCAGAGGUUCUAUGAUCCUGUCUUUGGUUCAGUGCUCCUGGAUGAUUUGGAUAUUAGAAAGUACAACAUUCAGUGGCUGAGAUCGAAUAUUGCCGUGGUUGGCCAGGAACCAGUGCUGUUCUUGGGCACAAUUGCUCAGAAUAUUGCUUAUGGUAAACCAGGAGCCACACAAAAAGAGAUCGAGGCAGCUGCCACUCAGGCAGGAGCUCACGAGUUCAUUACAAAUCUGCCAGAGAGCUAUCGCAGUAUGAUUGGUGAGCGUGGCUCUCAACUCUCUGGAGGUCAGAAACAACGCAUAGCCAUUGCCCGAGCAUUGAUUCAGAAUCCCAAGAUCCUUCUCCUCGAUGAAGCUACUUCUGCACUGGACUACCAAUCCGAGAAGCAAGUUCAACAGGCCUUGGACUUGGCCAGUAAGGGUCGUACAACCAUUGUAGUUUCCCAUCGGUUGUCAGCUAUUCGAGGAGCUGAUAAGAUUGUCUUCAUUCAUGACGGCAAAGUCUUGGAAGAGGGUUCCCAUGAUGAUCUGAUGGCUCUGGAGGGUGCCUACUACAACAUGGUUCGUGCUGGCGACAUCAACAUGCCUGAUGAGGUGGAGAAGGAGGAGAGCAUUGAGGAAACCAAAAGAAAAAGUCUUGCUCUCUUUGAAAAAUCCUUUGAGACAAGUCCCUUGAACUUUGAAAAAGGUCAGAAGAACAGUGUCCAGUUUGACGAACCCAUUGUAAAGGCUCUUGUUAAGGACAUCAACGCCAAGAUAGUUGAGGCUCCCGUUGAAAAACCCAACUUCUUUCGUACUUUCUCCAGGAUUCUAAGUCUUGCCAGACCGGAAUGGUGCUACUUGAUUUUUGGAACCAUAAGCGCCGUGGCAGUGGGCUGCUUGUAUCCGGCUUUCUCGAUCAUAUUUGGUGAAUUUUAUGCUGCUCUGGCUGAACAGGAUCCGAAGGAUGCCCUAAGUCGCACGGCUGUUCUAUCCUGGGCCUGCUUGGGUCUGGCUUUCUUGACUGGAUUAGUCUGUUUCCUGCAGACUUACUUGUUUAACUACGCCGGCGUUUGGCUUACUACCAGGAUGCGAGCCAUGACAUUUAAUGCGAUGGUGAGCCAGGAGGUUGGAUGGUUCGACGAUGAAAAUAACUCGGUGGGAGCUCUAUCCGCUCGCUUGUCGGGCGAGGCAGUUGGUGUCCAGGGAGCCAUAGGAUAUCCCCUGAGUGGAAUGAUUCAGGCUCUAUCCAACUUUGUUUCCAGUGUCAGCGUUGCCAUGUACUACAACUGGAAGUUGGCUCUUCUGUGUUUGGCCAAUUGUCCCAUCAUUGUGGGAUCUGUCAUCCUGGAAGCUAAAAUGAUGUCUACUGCUAUUGUUAGAGAGAAGCAGGUGAUUGAGGAAGCUUGUCGCAUUGCCACUGAAUCCAUAACCAACAUAAGAACUGUUGCCGGAUUGAGAAGGGAAGCAGAUGUCAUCCGGGAGUACACAGAGGAGAUUCAGAGAGUGGAGGUACUCAUCCGCCAGAAGCUAAAAUGGCGAGGAGUCCUUAACUCCACCAUGCAGGCAUCAGCCUUCUUUGCUUAUGCCGUGGCUCUCUGUUAUGGAGGUGUCUUGGUGUCCGAGGGUCAGCUGCCUUUCCAGGAUAUUAUCAAAGUAUCAGAAACCUUGCUGUAUGGAUCCAUGAUGCUGGCCCAAUCCCUGGCCUUCACUCCCGCCUUCUCAGGUGCCCUGGUUGCAGGCCAUCGCCUCUUCCAGAUCCUAGAUCGCAAACCAAAGAUCCAGUCACCCAUGGGCACUAUUAAGAAUACUCUCGCCAAGCAGUUGAAUCUUUUCGAGGGUGUACGAUAUCGGGGUAUUGAAUUCCGAUAUCCUACACGACCUGAUGCAAAGAUUCUCAAUGGUCUAGACCUGGAGGUUCUCAAGGGUCAAACGGUGGCUUUGGUGGGUCAUUCUGGGUGUGGAAAGUCCACUUGUGUGCAGCUGCUGCAGCGUUACUAUGACCCCGAUGAGGGAAGUAUACACAUAGAUCACGAUGACAUCCAACAUGAUCUGACCCUGGACGGUGUGAGGACCAAACUGGGCAUAGUCUCCCAAGAACCAACUCUUUUCGAACGCUCCAUAGCGGAGAACAUAGCCUAUGGCGACAAUCGUCGAUCGGUUUCCAUGGUGGAGAUUAUUGCAGCAGCCAAAAGUGCCAAUGCCCACAGUUUUAUCAUUUCCCUGCCCAAUGGCUAUGAUACCAAGAUGGGAGCCAGAGGAACCCAACUGUCGGGUGGACAGAAGCAACGUAUUGCCAUUGCCAGAGCGCUGGUGAGGAAUCCCAAGAUCCUACUGCUCGAUGAAGCCACCUCAGCCUUGGACUUGCAAAGCGAGCAGUUGGUCCAACAGGCCUUGGAUUCAGCCUGCUCAGGACGAACCUGCAUUGUCAUAGCCCAUCGACUGUCAACCGUCCAGAAUGCAGAUGUGAUCUGUGUCAUCCAGAAUGGUCAGGUGGUGGAGCAGGGUAACCACAUGCAACUGAUUUCCCAGGGCGGCAUAUACGCCAAGCUGCACAAGACCCAAAAGGAUCAUUGGUUCGCAGUGAUGACGAUGUCGGAGAGCCGCGAUGAUGUUCCUGCUGACACGGACACGGAUGCCACUCCAGAGGCCCAGAAGAAGGGGAAGACCAAGGAGAAAGCCCAGCCCAUGAUCAGCUAUACAGAGCUAUUCCGGUAUAUCAGUGGCUGGGACUAUCUCCUGCUCCUGUCGGCCUUUGUGGCGGCAUUACUUCAAUCCCUGGUCUAUCCCAUUGCCAUUGUGGUCUACAGCGAACUGGUGGCCAUGUUUAUUGAUAGAACUCUUGGCCAGGGAACCAGUUCGGUCACCAUCGGUUUGUCGCUCUUCGGAGGCGGAAAGAUACUCACAAAUGCCUCUUACGAGGAGAACAUGCAGGAGCUGCGCAAGGACAGCGUGUCCUUUGGCAUACUCAUGACCCUUAACACUCUUCUUAUGCUUUUCUCUGGAGUUUACUAUGUGGAUGCCUUCAACAGAUUGGCUCUUAAACUCACAGUCCGCAUGCGUAGGGAGUUCUUCAAGGCCACAUUGAGGCAGGAGAUUGGCUGGCAUGACAUGGCCAAGGACCAAAACUUUGCCGUUCGCAUUACUGACAACAUGGAAAAGAUUCGCAGUGGCAUAGCCGAGAAUCUGGGUCAUUAUGUAGAGAUCAUGUGCGAGGUCAUAAUCAGUGUGGUUCUCUCCUUUAUCUACGGAUGGAAAUUAGCCCUGGCAAUAGUGUUUUAUAUACCUUUAACCCUAGUAGUUAAUGCAGCAGUGGCCCAUUACCAAGGAAAACUUACUGGCCAGGAGCAGAGUUCCUAUGUGAAAGCAAGCUCCGUGGUCGAAGAAGUAAUCGGAGCUAUCCGGACUGUGGUGGCCUUUGGAGGAGAGCGAACGGAGUCCGUGCGUUAUGAUACCCUCCUAAAACCGGCUCUUAGGGCAGGAAAAUGGAAGGGAGCCUUCUCCGGACUAAGUGACACGGUGAUGAAGGCCAUGUUGUUCAUCACGGGAGCAGGAUCCUUUUGGUAUGGAGCUAAUUUAAUCCUCUUCUAUCGGGAUCCCAGUAUUCCCAUCAACGAGAGGGAAUACACACCAGCGGUUGUGAUGAUUGUGAUAUCGGGAAUAAUUGUGAGUGCCAAUCAAAUAUCCCGAACAUCUCCAUUCCUCGAGACUUUCGCCAUGGCUCGAGGAUCGGCAUCGGCCAUAUUGGAGGUCAUUGAUCGUACUUCCCUUAUUGAUCCGCUCUCGAAAGCCGGCAAAAUCCUUAACUAUGGCCUCAAGGGCACUGUUGAAUUCCGAGAUGUUUUCUUUCGUUAUCCCGCCAGAGAGGAUGUGAUUGUCUUGCGGGGACUUAACGUGAUCGUGGAGGAAGGUCAAACGGUGGCCUUGGUGGGUCCCUCCGGCUGUGGCAAGUCCACUUGCAUACAGCUUUUGCAGCGCUUUUAUGAUCCAGUAUUUGGACAAGUUCUGCUGGAUGGUGAGGAUGUCCGGAAAUAUAACCUCAAGUGGCUGCGAUCAAAUAUUGCCGUGGUGGGACAGGAACCGGUGCUCUUUCAAGGAACCAUCGGAGAGAAUAUCCGUCAUGGAAAACCGGAAGCCACACAAAAGGAAGUUGAAGAUUCCGCCAAAGCAGCUAAUGCUCAUGACUUUAUCAUAGCUCUUCAUAAGGGUUACGAUACGGAUAUCAGCGAGAAGGGCGUACAACUUUCCGGAGGUCAGCGUCAGCGUAUUGCCAUCGCCAGGGCUCUGAUCCAGCAACCCAAAAUUCUGCUUUUGGAUGAGGCCACCUCCGCCUUAGACUACCAUGCCGAAAAGCUAGUCCAAGCUGCUCUGGACAAGGCCUGCAAGGGCAGAACCACCUUGGUGGUGUCCCAUCGCCUUUCCGCCAUCAGACACGCCCAUCGGAUCGUUUAUAUUGAAAAUGGCAAGGCCGUUGAGCAGGGCACCCACGAGGAGCUGAUGAAGCUGGAGGGAUUCUACCACAAAAUGGUUACCGUUCAUUCCUAUGAUGAUUCCGCUGAGGAGCUAUUAAAUGAGCUGGAAGAAGAGGCCGAGAUCAAGGAGAGAAAAAUGUCAUAUGACCCUGAACAGUUCCAACUGGGCACCCGUAAUUCCAUAGUUUCUUUGGAGAAGAACGCCGAGUUCCAGAUGAAGAACCUGAAUGGUCUAGCUAAUCCAACUUUGAAUCUGGAAUCUGAGGAACCUGGUCCAUCUGGGAAUUAUAUUCGCACCUUCUUCCGCAUUUUGGGCUGGGCCCGCCCCGAAUGGAGUUUCCUUAUCAUCGGAGCCAUUUGUGCUGGCCUUUAUGGAGUGACCAUGCCAGUGUUUUCCAUUAUCCUAGCGGAGCUAUAUGGUUCGUUGGCCAAGCCAACAGAUGAGGAGGUUCUCGACCAAAGCGCCUCCAUGGCCAUCAUCUCCCUGGUGAUUGGGGUUGCAGCUGGCGUGGUGUGUUUCAUUCAGACCUUUUUCUUUAAUCUUGCUGGAGUUUGGCUGACCAUGAGAAUGCGCUCCAAAACCUUUAGUUGCAUCAUGCACCAAGAGAUGGGUUGGUUCGAUCGCAAGGAGAACAGCAUUGGAGCCCUUUCGGCCCGACUAUCUGGAGAUGCUGCCAGUGUUCAGGGAGCUAUCGGAUUUCCAUUGAGCAACAUCAUCCAGGCCUUUACCAACUUCAUCUGCAGUGUCUCCAUCGCCUUUCCCUAUUCCUGGGAAUUGGCCUUAAUUUGUUUGAGCACGUCUCCCUUCAUGAUUGCUUCUAUUGUCUUCGAGGCGCGAUUUGGGGAGAAAUCCGCUUUGAAGGAAAAGGCGGUUCUUGAGGAGACGAGUCGGAUAGCCACGGAAACCAUUACCCAAAUUCGGACAGUUGCUGGUCUUCGAAGGGAGGAAGAGCUGAUAAAGAUUUACGACAAGGAGGUGGAACGGUAUAGAGUGCAAAUUCUCAGUCGGCUGAAAUGGCGAGGACUGGUAAAUUCCAUGGGCAAGUCCCUCAUGUUCUUUGGCUAUGCAGUGACCUUGACCUAUGGUGGACACAUGUGCGCCGAUGGCAAUAUCAAAUUCGAGACUAUUAUGAAAAUUUCCAACACGAUGCUUUAUGGCCUAUUUAUUCUGGCCCAAUCCCUUGCAUUUACUCCUGCCUUCAAUGCCGCCCUUCUCUCAGCAAAUCGCAUGUACGAGAUCAUUGAUCGCAAGCCACAGAUCCAAUCCCCCGAAUCCUUCGAGAUCCAGCAGAAUGGCAAUGGCACUGCCUACAAGACAAAUGUCGUCCAACAGGGAGUUAGCUACAGGGGGCUAAACUUUUCCUAUCCUUCAAGACCUCAUAUUAAAGUCCUGCAGAACUUUAACUUGGAUAUAGUACAGGGACAGACGGUUGCCUUGGUGGGUGCCUCGGGAUCCGGAAAAUCCACCUGCGUUCAGUUAUUGAUGCGGUACUACGAUCCCGAUGAGGGGAAGAUUCUCAUAGAUCAGGAGAGCAUCCACCACGACAUGGACUUAAAAACUCUUCGUCGUCGCCUGGGAAUUGUGUCCCAGGAACCUUCACUCUUUGAGAAAUCCAUUGCCGAUAAUAUUGGUUAUGGCGACACCACGCGGCAAGUGCCUAUGCAACAAAUUAUCGAGGCAGCCAAAAUGGCCAACGCCCAUGAGUUCAUUAUGUCCCUGCCUGCCCAAUAUGAUACAGUUUUGGGCUCAAAAGGAACUCAACUUUCCGGCGGACAAAAGCAACGAAUUGCCAUUGCCAGGGCGAUGGUUAGGAAUCCUAAGAUCCUGUUGCUUGAUGAAGCCACCUCUGCUCUAGAUUUUCAAAGUGAAAGGGUGGUUCAGCAAGCCCUAGAUUCUGCGUGCUCAGGUCGAACCUGCAUUGUAAUAGCCCAUCGCCUGUCCACCGUCCAAAAUGCCAAUGUGAUUUGUGUAAUUCAAGCCGGGAAGAUAAUGGAGCAGGGAACUCAUGCUCAACUUCUGGCCAAGAAUGGUAUUUAUUCCAAGUUGUAUCGCAGUCAGACGAAAGCGUCUUAGAAAACACGAAGACAAUACCUUACCUGGGUGCUGCAGAAUACUUUAGAAAUUCCAACUGGAAAGUCCAAAAAGAAAUCUUUGAACCACGCCAUCGAAGCACGAAAGUAUGCAGUACAUCUUUUAUAGCUGUUAGUUAAGACGCAAACCAAUUUGUGUCUGGCCAUAAGCAAUAAAUCUUUAGGAAUAGUUCAUAAAAAUAAACAUAAUGAUAAACAA